AUGUUACAUGGGUACCUUGAAAGGUACUUGUACACGUUUUCUUGUUACCUUAAGCGUGAGACAGUGUUCACCUAAUUCUCCCUCUUCCUAAUUACUCCAAAACAUUGAUGGGGUUAAGAAUGGAAAUUGAAAAUAAUGGUCUGGUGUAAAUAGUUAUAGUGUUUGAGAUGACCUCUAUGGAGCAAGACUCGGUCUUUUAACUUAAAAGAAAAAGUGAGUACAUUUUUGUUUGGUUACCGGUACCGGUCAGAACUGUUUAAAGUGUUUAUGGCGAGGCUUAUUAAAACUGAAAUUGAUCCUUAGGUAAGUUUAAUCAACAAAUCUGAACUUUAAAAAUUUGUCUCCAAAAACAUUUUGGUCGACACAAAACAACAACAACAACAACAACAACAAAAAAAACAAAGCAAAAAGACAAAAAUGUCUCAGAGAAUUGCAACGAGUAAAGAAUCAAAGUAAGGCUGGUGAAUUCAGGUGACUUCAUUUAAUUUACUCAGCUUUCGCUUCCGAUUCUGGUCAUUGCUUUAUGUUUUGUGGAAAUAGGUGAUGUAUUUGACUGUAAAAAAGUGUAGCGAAGCAAUUGAAGAACGUGAAGAUGAUUGUAAAGUUGCCAAGGUCUUGUUAAUUCCAAGCGAAGAGAGUUUAUAUCGCACGUGAACUAUGCGUGGUCUUAGUCAGCUGAAAAAUUGGAUGCCCCGUCUUUCUUUCUAUCUUUCUUACUAUGAAUACAUGUAUAUGCUUGGUGUCGGCCAAUGACGUUAUGCAACGUUACGUCAUGGAGCAUUUUGUGUUUCCAGGCAACGCAGACUUUACCGCCGAUGACCUGGGCGCCAAGUGUCACUCCUGUAUAAGUCUUUAAACUACAUCUAACUUCCACGAUUAUACUCAAGGGGAAAGGCCAAUGUCUUGUGGCUAACUGUCCCAAUUCAGAUUUUCUUGGAUUUUUAAUUUGCUCUAAAAGACGAUACUGAAGAUCAUGACCGAUGGGUUAUAAUAGCAGUCACAGUGACGGUGCAAGAGUUUCCUCCAACAACCGCUGAAUUAGACAGUGUAAGAAAUGAGCGUUCUACCAGCAGAAAAAUUGAUGAAGAAAAUGAGAUGGCUAAUGAUGAUGACAGAGAAGCUGAUUCAUCCAAACCUCCAAUUCCUGAUUGCAACAAUGCCUUUUCAGAUACAUCUAAAGGGGGCCAGAAGCUACCAAGAUCGCUUUCUCCAUCAUAG